ACAAAGGACAGAUGAGAUGAGAAAGCUCCAACUUGGAAAUUGGAAAUGAAAUUUGCUGAGCAAGGCAGAGAACAGGAGAAGUUCUCGUGAAGUGGAUACACUUACUGGGCCCUAUUGUCUUCUCAAAAUCAAGAUGGGACACACACACCCUUCACAACCCUAUUGUAACCGCCAGCUAUUACCGUUCUGUUCACCACCCUUUCUUUACUAACCCAUCACAGAAGACACACUAUAUCCACAAAACCAUACUCUUACCCACAUGCCACGUACUACUCCUAUUUACCACGCGUCUACCCCACCUUCUUUCUAGGAAUUACCCUACCCCACACUUUACCGCUACUUCUCAAAACCCAUAUUUACCCUUCCCUCCCGCGCUAACUUAAACAAACCGAUCAAGGACAAAAUCGUCCUUACAUUUCAAUAACUUAACUAACUGCAAGGUAGGUGAAAAUUAUCCUGUACAAGUCGGCAGUUCAACAGAAAAAGUACACAUGCCUCUGAGCCUUUCUGAUUCAAGGGAUUUUUCAGUUUAAAGUACUUUUGACGGUUCUAAGUAAACGACACCCUAAAUCAACGGUUAGAUGUCAACUUUGUCUAUAUAUUCCACCAAAAUCUUAUUACACGUGAUUAUUCUCUUUUUCAGUUUUUCUGCUACUUUCUUUUUCUCUGACCGAUACAGAACCCAGUCCUCAUCGAUAACACCGCUUUUUAAUUUUACUAAAAUACCCUCCAUUUCAUUACAUUAAUUACACUGUCUUUAAUUCUCUACCCGCCAUAAAUUCUAACAGUAACGGUGAUUGUGUAAUUCCGUCAUGUUCGCGUAACGGCGUUAUCUUUAAUCGCGUUUACACUCAAAACGCGUUUUGCAAUUUGGACGGCCUGUUUGUUUCGUUGAACCACCUAACAACCACCACCACUUCUCUUCAAACUUUCUUUUAUUUAAUUAUUUUAUCAACCAAACAAACCCAAACAAAAAUAAAAAAAUAAAGCCCAUUUAUUUAUUUAUUUUAUAUAUUCCGGUUUUCAGAGCUAAAAAAGCGAUUAAUUAUUUUGGACUAUAAAACUAUAAAUUAUCACUUCCUUACCCUUUUUCGGUUUUCUAAGCAUUUGUUUCUCUCUCUCCCUCAUCACUGUUUCUCUCCGUUUUCUUUUCUCGCCGGUAAACUUUUCCGUUCGCCGGAAAACCGCUUUCGUUUUUUUUUCAACGUUAUUCCGCGUCUCCGUAGGAAGCUGGUCACGUUCUUCCGAUUGAGAAACUCACAUUCACUCCCAAUUUUCCGUGAUUGCUCCUACAAAGGCGUUGGAUCUCUCUGUAACGCCGGUAUAAGCUUCGUAUACGGCGUUGUUCGAGAAUGUGGCGAGCCUUGUGUUCUUAUAAGGCUAGGUUUUAAUCUGCUACAUUCAGGAUCGUGAUUUAGGGUUUGGCUUUGUGAUUUGAUUUCGGUUACGUUACGGUUACGUGAUUCUGUUAAAUUGUGAUUGCUUGUUCUAGUUAACAAAACGGAGAACUACAGGGACCGAGUUCGUAAUGAAAUGGUGGAAGGAGGAAGAGUACGUUUGUCCGAGGAAGCUAGAAAUGGGUUAGAAGUGUUGAAGCGUAAAAGGCUUCAGCGCGCACAGGCGAGUGUUGCUAACAUGACAAAUAGAAGCGGAGGAGAUGCUUUGAGAGCUUCAGCUCCAUGUGGUCCAAGAUUGCAUGGUAAUCCGGAUGUCUUUUUCAAGCGGAAGGUGGCUAAGUUUGAUACAAGUGAUUUGGAAUGGACUGAUAAAAUUCCAGAGUGUCCUGUGUAUUCUCCAACAAAGGAAGAAUUUGAAGAUCCUUUGGUUUAUUUGCAAAAGAUAGCUCCAGAAGCUUCUAAAUAUGGUAUAUGCAAGAUUAUUUCGCCUUUGAGUGCUUCUGUACCUGCUGGGGUUGUUUUAAUGAAGGAGAAAGCAGGAUUCAAGUUUACAACCAGAGUGCAGCCUCUUCGCCUUGCUGAAUGGGAUACUGAAGACAAAGUCACAUUUUUUAUGAGUGGAAGAAAUUAUACAUUCCGUGAUUAUGAGAAAAUGGCGAACAAGGUAUUUGCACGAAGAUAUUGCAGUGUUGGAUGUCUUCCUGCCACUUACUUGGAAAAGGAGUUUUGGCAUGAAAUUGGUUGCGGGAAAAUGGAUACCGUUGAAUAUGCAUGUGAUGUUGAUGGCAGUGCCUUUUCAUCUUCUCCUACCGAUCAGCUUGGGAACAGCAAAUGGAAUUUGAAGAAGCUUUCCCGGUUGCCGAAAUCAACACUGCGUCUCUUGGAAACUUCAAUUCCAGGAGUAACAGAACCCAUGCUAUACAUUGGAAUGCUGUUUAGCAUGUUUGCAUGGCACGUGGAGGAUCAUUAUUUGUACAGCAUUAAUUAUCAGCACUGUGGUGCGUCAAAAACAUGGUAUGGUAUCCCUGGUCAUGCAGCUUUGGAAUUUGAAAGGGUGGUGAGGGAACAUGUAUAUUCUACCGAUAUUUUGUCAAGUGAUGGGGAAGAUGGAGCCUUCGAUGUUCUCUUGGGGAAAACAACUUUAUUUCCACCUAAUAUUUUGUUGGAGCAUAAAGUUCCUGUCUAUAAGGCUGUCCAAAAGCCAGGGGAGUUUGUAAUAACCUUCCCUAGAGCGUAUCAUGCAGGCUUCAGUCAUGGUUUCAACUGUGGAGAAGCAGUGAAUUUUGCACUUGGUGAUUGGUUUCCUCUUGGGGCAAUUGCGAGCAGGCGAUAUGCACUUCUUAACAGGGUUCCUUUACUGCCCCAUGAAGAACUUCUUUGCAAAGAAGCGAUGCUCAUUCAUACAUCCUUGGAACUUGAAGAUUCAGACUUUCCCUCUUCAGACUUGCUUUCUCAUAAUAGAACAAAGAUAUCUUUCAUUAAUUUGUUGCGUUUCCAACAUUGUGCCAGUUGGUUACUACUGAAAUCAAGGGCAUGUAUAAGUGUUUCUUCUCAUUCACAUGGCACAAUUCUCUGUAGCCUGUGCAAACGUGACUGUUAUAUAGCUUAUGUCGAUUGCAGCUGUCACAUGCAUCCUGUAUGCCUACGCCAUGAUGUUAAAUCUCUUGACUUCACCUGUGGGAGAAAAUACACUCUUUAUUUGAGAGAGGAUAUUGCGGAUAUGGAAGCUGCAGCCAAGAUGUUUGAGCAAGAAGAUAGGAUAUUGGAUGAGAUAAGAAAGCAAUCCAAAAGUGACCAAGAUAUGUACUCAUAUCCUUUGUCAGAUAUGUUUCAGAGAGCUGAAGCAAAUGGAUACGAACGAUAUUGUGAGCUUAAACUUGAUUCUACGAUUGAAUUUUAUACAACUCCAGAACAGUCAACAAAUAACCAAGAGUGUGGCACACAAAAUCAACUUGUUUUGGGACAUUGCUCAGAAGUUCAUACACCGGAAGCGUCUGAGAUUUCCUUUUCUGCUGCAUCCACUCUUUGUUCUCUUUCAGAACCUCUUGAUUGUUCCUCUGCUCCCAAAAAUGCUGAGGAGCAGGCUAACUUGAAAAUGGGCAUUAUUGAUUUUGAAGAACUUGGCGAAACAGUAUCCAACAGUGCAUGCAAAUCUUCGCUAUCCCCUGCUCUGUAUCAUGAAAGCUCGGCUGAACUGCAUGAUCUCCAGAAACCGGACAUGAAACCCAUAGUGGAUAACGACAGUGAUGAUUCUGAUUCAGGGAUAUUUAGGGUAAAGCGACCUUCCUCUCUGAAAGCAGAGAAAAGAAAUGCAAAGGUUGCUGCUUUGAAGCAUUCUGAGCAGCAGGGACUUAAGCGAUUGAAAAAAGUCCCCCCUGAAGGAAAAAGCAGGCAACAAAUGAAUUUCAGAACCAGUGAAUUAAGUUACAAACAAAACCCUGUUAGUCAUAAAGUUGAUAUCGAAAUUUCCUCGAAGGACAGAUUUGCAAGGGGAAAUGGUGCUCCCAUUUCUGUAAGAUAUAAAAAGUCAAGCAAUGAAGAUGUAAGCAUCCAUAUGCAACAAGAUCACCACCGGAGAGAGAGGUUUCAGCAAACUUAUAGGGAAGCACCUUCCAUUGAGACUGGGCCCAAGCGACUUAAAGUCCGAGGCCCUUCAUUCAUAGGCUUAGAGAGCAGGUUGAAUUGAAGUUUCAAGUUGCCUUUUGACAAUGAUUGCGAGAGUCUGACUUUGCUAACUUCAUUUUAGCUAACAGGCUUUCUAACAAAUACAGAAAUCGAAAUGAUUGAUUCAGGAAGCAGCUGCAAGGUAUUAACCAAUUAGGAUAAGAAUUUAAAUUCUUUGUGCAUGAAAGCCCUAACAUUUGGGCAAUCUGCACUGGUGGUGAUCCUUUGGGUUCUCUAGCCGGGGUAUUUUUCCUACUUCGCUAGGUGAACCUGACUGAACUGCAAAGCUAGGAACUUAGAAAUUGGUUUAAUGGCUCCUUAUUUCAAUGUAAAUUUGUUUACUUUUCUUUUCAUCAGUCGUUUAGGUCUUGUUAGGAACAUGGGUCCCUCCAUUGUUUUCUUACUAAAAUGCUGUCAGCUGCUUCCCCUUUUAAUGUUGAUUCAUUCUUUUUGUAGAAAUAGGUCCUUGUACCUAGAACUACAUUGAAUAAAAGUUCAAAGAAAUUCCUUA